AUGCUGUGUCUCGUCAAAGAUGAGCCAUGCGACUUUUGGGACGCAUUGAACCUCUCUGUCCAUAGCAUGUCGACCAUUGGCUUUGGCUCCAUCGUCCCGCACUCUGCGCUUGCAAACACUGCAGUUGCCAUCGAGUUCUGGAUUGCUGUUCUCAUGGGUGCAGCAGCCGGGGGGCUGCUAUUCUCUCGGGUCAGUACUGCCAGCAGCCGAGUGGCUUUCUCGGACGUAGCCUUGGUAACCAACAUUCGGGGCGUCCCGACCGUCACGAUGCGGAUCGUGAAUGAACGGCCGUUCAGCUCUUUGUUCGACGUGACAUGCCGGGUCAGCGCCUUGGUCAAGGACCCCAAGGUCUGGAACCUCUUGCACCCCUUGGAUGAGAGGAGCCCAUUGCAUGGCCUGGAUGAGGAUAACUAUCAGGACAAGUUCCUAGCUUUCGUGGUGCAGAUUGAGGGCACAGACCAGACUUACAUGCAAAAAGUCUUUGCCAACAAAUGCUACUACCCUACAGACUUCCGCUUCAAUGAGUCCUUUGAAGACAUCAUGACGAUGGGCACGAACACCAUCACAGUAGAUUUGACUGGGCUCAGCAAAACUCGGCACGUGGCCGAGAAGUCCAAGCGACUUAGCUUUCUCAGGACAAACACAUACUCGCCCGAGGAGGUGAGCAAGAUGGUCGCCUCCACCGUGAAGGAGGAUGAAAGAAAAGCUGAGACGGAAGAACAUGACGAUGAAUCUGCCAGCACUAAGGUGUCCAGCGGGUUCUCACCGGAGAAACAGGAGUGUGUGGUGGAUGCAGAGCGCGAGAUCUUCUCCGCCGCCAUCUAA